CAGAAGUAUAAAAGAAGCUGUGCAGGUCCGCCGUGCCUCCUUUUCAAGCUCCGCCCAUGUCUGCCAGUUGACCUAUGAACGGCUCUCUGCUAACUCGCACAUGCUCUCGACGUCACAUCUUUCUUUGGUCUUCCUGUCAACAUGGCGACAUCCAUGGCAUCCCAGGCUGCAGCAAGAGGACUGAGGACAGCAACCUCAAAGCACAUACUUCUGGACAAACUCAAGUGCACCUGGUUUAGUCCCAGGAGAUGGCUGAACCUGCAAGAGUACCAGAGCAAGAAGCUGAUGCAAGAGAGUGGCGUGGCUGUCCAACGCUUUUAUGUGGCCGACACAGCUUCUGAGGCCUUCGAGGCUGCAAAGAGACUCAAUGCCAAGGAGAUCGUGUUGAAAGCUCAGAUUUUGGCUGGGGGCAGAGGCAAGGGUGUGUUUGACAGUGGCCUUAAAGGUGGAGUGCACUUAACUAAGGACCCUGCUAAGGUUGGUGAACUGGCCAAUAAGAUGCUUGGUUUCAAUCUAACUACUAAGCAGACACCGAAAGAUGGAGUGAAAGUGAAAACGGUGAUGGUUGCUGAGGCCCUGGACAUUACUAGAGAGACCUACUUUGCCAUCCUGAUGGACCGGGCCUGUAAUGGUCCUGUCAUGGUAGGCAGCCCGCAGGGAGGUAUGGAUAUCGAGGAGGUAGCCGCCAGCUCCCCAGAACUCAUCUUUAAGGAGGUCAUAGAUAUACUUGAAGGUGUACGAGACGACCAGGCACUGUGCAUGGCAGCUAAUUUGGGUUUCAAAGGACCUCUGCAGAGACAGGCAGCAGAUCAGAUUAAGAGGCUCUAUGAUCUGUUCCUGAAAGUCGACGCCACUCAAGUAGAAGUCAAUCCUCUUGGAGAAACCCCCGAAGGACAAGUGGUCUGCUUUGAUGCUAAGAUCAACUUUGACGACAAUGCCGAGUUCCGUCAGAAAGCUGUGUUUGCCAUGGACGACAUGACUGAGAGUGACCCUACAGAGACGGAGGCAGCCAAGUGGGACCUCAAAUAUAUCGGACUGGACGGAAAUAUCGCCUGCUUUGUGAAUGGAGCCGGUUUGGCCAUGGCCACAUGUGACAUCAUUGACCUGCAUGGAGGAAAGCCGGCUAACUUUCUGGACCUGGGGGGAGGAGUCAAAGAGAGACAAGUGUACGAGGCUUUUAAGCUGCUGACAGCUGACCCUAAGGUUGAGGCCAUCCUUGUCAACAUCUUUGGUGGGAUCGUCAACUGUGCCAUCAUUGCCAACGGUAUCACCAAGGCCUGUAGAGAGCUGGAGCUGAAGGUGCCACUGGUGGUCAGGCUUGAAGGGACAAACGUCCAUGAGGCCAAGAGGAUUCUGUCCGAGAGCGGCCUGCCCAUCACAGCAGCAGAGAACCUGGAUGACGCUGCCAAGAAAGCAGUGGCUGCCAUCAAGAAAUAGAAAACUCUUAGUGUAACAUCAGCACGCUCAUGUCCACCCAUCACCAACAUUAAUGCAGUCUCAGAUCAUCACCGUCAGCCUUUUCUUACACAUACAGACCUCCAGGACAUUAAGCCUUUGCUCUCAUAGGCCUUUACUUUUCUUUGUUAUACCACAAGCCAACUAGAUAUACUUUCAUUGCCAAUUCAGUAACUACAGUUUUUUGAGGUGUUGUUUCACCUCAACACCUUAACAAAUUAGGUAAUACAUUUUAGUCAUGUCACCUAUGCAGUGUAAAUUAGCUGCUUUUAAAUUCUUAAAACACAAUCUAUAUUAUAUGCAUGUAAUUGAAAUAAAUCACUCUAAUUCUGAGGCUUGUCAACAUAAUCUUGGUCCUGGAAAAUCAUAACGCUUUAGUGACCUCAGUCAGAAAUUAGGAGACCCAACACUUUGUGCAUUCCAUUUUCCAAGGUGAAAGAUGCUGCCUUCUCUGUGCACACUGUGGUGUUUGUAUGGAAUAUAAGUUAAGAUUUUCACCAUAAAGCUCUAGUGCGUAACUUUUUGAUAAUAAUGAACAUGCCUCACAUUUAAGUCGUUGCCAAAUGAGUUGCUACAAACCUAAUUAAGACUAUCGGCUCCACAAAACUGUGUCUGUAUUUCUCAGCAUGGCUAUGUUCUUGAAAUGGUGUCGUCUGGAAACUUUUGCACUCAGAAAUUUGAUAAUAAUUACAUCUUCUAAAGAGUUUUUUUAAUCCUUCAUGUACUCCUUGGCUACUUGAAGCCACAUGGAUGAGGGUUGUGGGCCCGGCGUUGUCAUAGAGCUACAGUGUGUAGAUUCUGUCGCCCCCAUGAGGAAUUCUAAGCAAUGAUAACACCUCUGUUGCAUCCACAAGACACAAGCCUUCCGUGAUCGCGCACCGCCCCCACCCCUCCUCCACGCAGUUACUUGUAGCCAGGGAGAACACGGAGGAUAAAAAAAACAUCUUCACUCGAGUUUCUGUGCUCAAAAGUUGCCAGACGUCACCAUUUUCUCAACACAGCCAUGCUGAGAAAUACAGAGAGAGUUUGGUACAGCUGAUAGUCUUUGUAUCAACUCAUUUGGCAGUGGCUUGAAUGUAACAGACGUUUGUUAAUAUAAAAAAAGUUACGCACUAAAGUUUAAAAGUUACAAACCGUUUGUUCUUUGAAACGCUCAUCCAUUUUCAUGGCACUUAACACUCAUUCUGUCUGUUUUCUAAAUGAUAAACGAAUCCAUCCAAUGCCUCAUCUGUGAAUCAAAUGAGGUGGAUGAAGUACACACGCUGUGAAUUUUAUACAUCAUGUCUUAAUUGUUAAGUGAUCAAUGCCUAUGAUGUUAACUGUUUAGAUCUGUGCCUAUUUCAUGACUGCUUGUAACUUAAGAGUUUUGUAAACUAUCUUUCGGUACCAGCAGUAGUUUCAUACUGAGUGAGAAAAAUGCAAUUUUACUUAUUAUAUCUUUUUUAUAAUCAUGAAUGUAUAGUAGCAGUAUAUCCUGAAUACAGUUUCAAUUCUGUGUUUAUGAUUUGAGAUUAAAAAGAAACAUUUCAA